AUGGCAAAAAAUUCAAUCGACGGCGUAGUUCUCAUUACUGGAGCGGGCGGAGGAAUCGGCCAACAAGCCGUAUACUCCUUUGCCGAAGCAGGAGCCCGCGCUAUAGCUCUCGCGGACAUCAAUGAAAGAAAUUCCCAAAAGGCUGCCGAGACUGCCAGGCAAUAUGCCACUCACCCUGAUUUUCGGACGCUGAUUAUCGAGGUCGAUGUUGCAGAUGCGGAGAGUGUGCAGAAGAUGAUUGAUGUUACGGUAAAAGAAUUUAGACGCAUUGAUUAUGCUGUUAAUGGGGCUGGGAUCGAUCAUCUCUCCAACGAACCAUUCGCAGAAGCAUCAAUCGAAGACUUCGAUAGAGUGAUGAGUGUCAAUACCAAAGGCCUAAUGCUAUGUGUGCGCGCCGAAAUCAACGCCAUGCUCGCGCAAGAAACUCGCAAGAUUACGAGCCGAAGCGGCGAGCGAAAUAUUGGACGCGGAGUCAUUUUAAACGUGGGCUCUGCAAAUUCAUAUUAUGUAACGGGCACGGGAAUCAUCAUUGAUGCUGGGGUGACUUUGACCGUGCAUAUGCACUGA